AUGUCUUCUCCCAUGAUGAGAGCGUUGGCCGCCGCCGCCAUGUUGGCGAUGGCUCAAGCCCAAGGUGUCAUUCUCGCGGCGCAAGGCCCCAACGGCCCUGCCAGCCCAGGACUUCUGGUUGAUCCCAACAAGAACGACGCAAACAUCAUCAACCAGAAGGAGAUUGUCACCAACGUCGUCAACGAGUGCGGUCGAACCAUUCUCGCGGGCAACAUCGAUAUCGGCGAGACCACAGAGGCCCAGCUAGGCAACAACACCGUCACGAAAGUCACCAAGGGCUCCAACGUCGAUGUCACCAUCGCCCAGGUCAGCGCAGACGGCGCCGGCCCGUACAGCUGCGAUCUCGACUUGACUAGCAACGCAAACGGAGCCACGGGUCAGACGAAGCUUCAGGUACAAGAAGCAGGGGCCCAAAGCGGACAGAUCAAGCUCAAGGUCACGAUGCCGGACGACUUGGCUUGCGUAGGAGCCUCCACUGGUGAUGUCUGCACCGUCCGCUGCUUCAACGACAACGCAAAGGGCCCCUUCGGUGGCUGCUUCGCCGUCCAGCAGACCGACAUCACACCCAAGCAGAACACCCCCGGCAACAUUCCCACCGCCCAGACCCUCGAUGGUGUCUUGAAGCAGAUCCAGCAGAACGUUGUUGACCUCCCCGCCGCCGUCAAGUCGAACCAGGAGGCCAAGACUCAGGACGAUCAGGGUGUUACCGCCAUUAAGGAGCUCCUCGGCAACAAUGCCACUCAGGAGGCUGCUGGCCCUGCCGGCUCCGGCGCCAACACUGGGAACAACAACAACAACAACAACAACAACAACGGAAAUAACAACAACAAUGGCAACGCCAACGCCGGCAAUGGCAAUGGAAGACAGAAGGGCAAGAGCAACCGCAAUGGCAACAACAAUGCCAACAAUGGCGGUGCAGCGGCUGGCGGCAACAACGCCAACGCCGGUAACAACAAUGCUAAUACUGGCAACACCAAUGCCAACACCGGAAACACCAAUGCGAAUACUGGCAACACCAACGCCAACACCGGGAACAACGGAGGCAACGGACGUACCAGAGGCAAGAACAACAACGGCGGUGCUAACACCAACGCCCAGAACGGCGGCAACACCAACGGUAACGGUAACGCCAAUGCCAAUGCCAACGGAAACAACAACGCACUUCCGUUGGCAACUGUUGGAAAGGGCAACGGAAACCGCCAGAACCAGCAGAACGGCAACAACAACAAGCGUGCCGAGGCACCAGAGGCCAUGCUCCGCACGCGCUGGGCCAGGAGAAACCUUCGCCGCCGCGCCGACUAA